CGGCCAUGUUGAAGUGUGGAGGAACUGCAGCCCGCCAUUGUGUGUGUGAUCUACAGCUGUAGCGAGAUAGAGAGAGACACGGGCGCUAACACUUUAUAAAACACACAUCUCCCGUUCACUUUAACCCGCAAACACACGCGCAGUCUAACACACAGGCUCCGGGGAGAGAGAAAUGUCAGCCAGCAGCCUUCUGGAGCAGAGACCGAAAGGCCAAGCAAAUAAAGUGCAAAACGGAGCUGUUACCCAAAAGGAUACUUUGAAUGAUGAUGAGUUCGAGCCAUACCUGAACGCUCAGCCCAGACAGAGCAAUGCCUAUACGGCCAUGUCCGACUCCUACAUGCCCAGUUACUACAGCCCCUCAAUAGGGUUUACCUAUUCGCUUAAUGAAGCAGCAUGGUCUACUGGCGGUGACCCACCCAUGCCUUACCUGGCCUCAUAUGGACAGCUUAGCAAUGGGGAGCAUCACUUUCUCCCAGAUGCCAUGUUUGGCCAGUCAGGGGCGCUGGGGAACAAUCCUUUCUUGGGACAGCAUGGCUUCAACUUUUUUCCUAGUGGGAUUGACCUAGCCUGGGGAAACAGCAGCUCUCAGGGACAGUCCACACAGAGCUCAGGUUACAGCAGCAAUUAUGCCUAUGCUCCUAGCACGCUAGGAGGUGCUAUGAUUGACGGACAGUCUCCCUUUGCAGCCAACGAGCCACUUAACAAGGCGGUAGGAAUGAAUAGUUUGGAUCAAGGCAUGGCUGGGCUUAAGAUCGCGGCCGCGGAGAUGGCGCCCAAAGUCGUUGGUUCGGGACUUCCCGGCGGGCCGCUGAGUCAGGUGUCAGCAGCUCCCACUAUGCCUCCGCCAUCCAUGGCUCCUGCAAAAACUGCAUCUUGGGCGGACAUUGCCAGUAAGCCUGCCAAACCACAGCCUAAGCUGAAAACCAAGGGAGGAGUUGGCGGGACAAAUUUGCCACCUCCGCCGAUCAAACAUAACAUGGAUAUUGGGACGUGGGACAACAAGGGGAACGUGCCUAAACCAGCAACCCCACAUCAGGCUUCCAUGCCCACCAAUGGACAGCCACCCAAUGGACAGUCCCCUCAACCGGGUGCCACUGCAGGAGGGGUGCCACAGCUACCCCUCAGCAAUGGACAGCUGGUGCCUCCUACCGGUCAGCUUGGGCAAAAUCCCCUUCCCCCGGGUGGGCAGCAGGGUGCUGUCCCACCUCCCUUGUCACAAGGUCCCCCUCCUCCCCAACCCUCUCAACCAACCCGCUGGGUUCCACCGCGUAACCGUGCUAACGGCUUUGGGGAUGCGGUGGGUGGGCCCGGCCAAUCCCCUCCCAAUUCAGGGAUGGGUGGAGUUGCUGUUCCAUCAGAGCCCCACCCAGUUCUGGAGAAGUUGCGUAUGGUAAACAACUACAAUCCCAAGGACUUUGACUGGAACCCUAAGCACGGUCGCGUCUUCAUAAUUAAGAGCUACUCAGAGGACGACAUCCAUCGUUCUAUUAAGUACAAUAUCUGGUGCAGCACGGAACACGGCAACAAACGUCUGGACGCUGCGUAUCGAUCGCUGGCCAACAAAGGCCCGCUCUACCUGCUCUUUAGCGUGAACGGCAGUGGGCAUUUCUGUGGCGUAGCUGAGAUGCGCUCGCCCGUGGACUACAACACCUGCGCGGGUGUGUGGUCGCAGGACAAAUGGAAGGGUCGGUUUGAUGUGCGUUGGAUCUUUGUAAAGGACGUUCCGAACAGUCAACUGAGGCACAUUCGUCUGGAAAACAACGAGAACAAACCGGUGACUAACUCGCGUGACACGCAGGAAGUUCCGCUGGAUAAGGCGCGUCAGGUGUUGAAGAUCAUCGCAAGUUACAAGCACACCACCUCCAUUUUUGACGACUUCUCGCACUACGAGAAACGUCAGGAAGAGGAGGAAUGUGUGAAAAAGGUGGAAGUUCAGAGCAGUGAUCCAUACUCCAGUAACCCCAGUCGGAGCCACUACCGAAUGCAGGAUCGCCAAGGACGUGUGAAGUAACAGGCAAUUCUUUGGGCAAAAGACUGUCAGGCCCUGUUCUCUAUCUCCAAUAUUACAACCAGAUAUUUUCAGAAAUUACUUUGGGGAAGAUUUAACCAAGGAUUCAAAACAAGGAAAAAAACUAAAUGAAGACUCUUUGAUUUUCUGUUGACCUAAAAGACUUACUUCGAACUUGUAGUAAAAGAAAAUGACACGAUUAUACAUAGGACUACAACUUAAUUCUAUAGGAUUCUAAUAGUGAAGACUUUUUGGUCCCAUUUUUGUUGCGCUUUCAAUUUUCUUUCUCACCCCAUUUUCUUUUUUUAGAAAAAAAACAUCUGGUUUUACAGUCCAAGCACAAGGCUUUGCUUCUCUUACUAUAAUCUUUUUUUUUUAACGUUGACGUUUUGGUGCCCAAAUCCUGUAUAGGCAUUUCCCCCCAAUUUCUCUGUUAACCCCUUCCCCCUUUAUAUUGGAUCUGAAACCAUCCAAUCAGAACACAAAGUGGGCGUUGCCUUUUCUGUGGAUGUUCCAUUGCUGGUAUUUGGCUAAUAGUCAGUAAACUAUUAAUUAACUUCUGAAGUUUAAACCACAGCCCUCGGCCAAGAUUAUAUAAUGGGAAAAAAAUGUAAUUCAGAAAAUUCUAAUGAAUGUUCAGGAUUUUCCUGAGUUGACUUUCUGUUCCAGUUUAGUUUUUUUUGUGUGUGUUGGUAAUAAGAGGGUGUUUGGCGGGGAAGGUAAACAGAGAAGCAGAUUUGUUUAGUUUACGCUUUGGUCAUUGGAUCAGUUUUAUAGUGUACAAAAGGGGCCGUGUUUGAAAGUUGUCAGCUUGUUUUCCAUUUACUCAUUUUCCUUCUGCAAGUUAAAGAAAAUUGUUGCUAUGGGCUGCUCUUCUCCCGUCAUUUUUUCGUUCAUGUCUUCUCUUCCGUUUCUUAAGUCUGCAUUGAGGAGGCCCUUGCGCCCCCUUUCGUUUUCAUAAUCAGUUCAUUACAAAUAAAUGUGAUAUAUUCGGCAGAA